AUGAACGAAAAAAGAAAAACUCACAUAUUUCAAAAACAAAUAAGCAUUCUUCUUCAUGUUACUCAAUCCUCCUUCAUCAAACUAAUUUUUAUCAGCAGGCUGUAUCAUGCUCGACCCAUAUGCAAUACGGAACACGUUAUAGACAGCCUAUAUAUCGGCUAUGAUGAUGUUUCCCGAUUCGCAGUUCAACUGAUCAUAAGAUGUGAGGGUUAUUACUUCCUUGGAUGUCUGAGCCAUAAAGAAAACUUUUAA